AUGGAAUUAAAAAAAAUAAAUUGUAAAAGUAGUGAUUUAAGUACAAAUUCAAGUUUUGAUAGUUGUACUAGUGGAAUAACAGUUGAUGAUGAAUUUAAUACAUUAAAAAAAAAUACUAUUGGUGUAAUUGAAUGUAUUGCAUUAUCAGUUGGUGGUAUUGGAUUAAGUGCAGCAACUUUUUUUGUUUUUCCAAAUAUUGCAGCAUCAGCAGGUACGAGUGUACCAUUUACAGUUUUUAUUGGUACAUUAUGUUGUUUAUCAAUUGCAAAUACAAUUAGUAUAUUUGGAACUUAUAUUAGUAGUAGUGCAUCUUUCUUUGUUUAUAUUACAAAAGGAUUAGGAAAUGAAAUGGGGUUUUUAAGUUUUUGGAUUUUAAUUACUGGAUAUUUAUUAAUUCUUUCAAGUGUUAUUUUACAAUUUUCAGGAGGGUUUUCAGAUUUAAUUUCAAGGUAUUGUGGUUUUCAUUGUCCGUGGAUUCUUAGUACAUUUUUAGUAUUAACAAUUGUACCAACAUUGGCGUAUAUUGGUAUUGAUGUUGUUUUGAAAACUAGUAUAGUUGCGAUGAUUUUAGAAACUUUAGUAAUGUUGGUACUAUCAUUUUCUAUUGUUAUUAAAGGUGGUGAUCAAGGUAAUUAUCCGUUGGCAUUCACACCAGUUGGUGAAAAUUCAGGUGGAAUUUCAGGUAUUGCAACUGGUUUGGUUUAUUGUUGUUUUUUAUUUGUUGGAUUUGAAGGUGCAGCUACGUUAGGUCAAGAAACUAGAAAUCCAAAAAAGAAUAUACCAAUUGCAGUUUAUGGUUCAAUUGCAUUUGCUGCAACUUGGUUUAUAUGGGCAAUGUAUUCAUUGGUUGUUGCUGUUGGACCUUCAAAUAUAUUUUCAAUAAAUGUUAAUCAAUCACCCAUUCAACUAUAUGCAAAUAGAUUUGUUGGGUAUUGGUUCUCUAUAAUUGUUGAUAUUGCAGGUGUAGUAUCUGGAUUUGGUGUAGUUAGUAGUUGGUUUAAUAUUGUUUUUAGAAUAAUUUAUUCGUUUGGUAAAACUAAAGAGAGUGGUGUAAUCUCUUAUUUAGGUAAAACUAAUAAAAGAUUUAAAACACCACAUUUCGCAAUAAUUAGUUUAAUUGGAUUUAUAAUAUUAAUGAUUGGAUUAAUUGUUGGUUCAACUAAAAAUAUUUAUGCAAAAUCUUGUUGGGAAGUUUAUAAUUAUUUAAGUUUUACAGGUACAAUUCCAAUAAUUAUCAUUUUUAUUAUUACAAAUAUUGCAGUGAUUAGAUAUGUUAGAUUAAAUCAAUUUCAAGACUUUCAAAUCAUUAGACAUUUAAUAUUACCCAUUUUAAGUUCAAUUAUUUUUAUUUUAGUUUUGGUUAUAAAUUUUUUAUCAAAUGCAAAAAUUUAUCCUUUACAAUAUUUUUUAAUUGGUUUAGGUUCAUUUUUAUUAAUUGGUGUUUUCAUUACUUUAUAUUUACACUUUUAUAAAAAAGAUUAUUUAAAAAAUAUGUUAGAUCAAAUGGGUUCAUAA